GGUCAUGGGUCAUGUCCAGUGGGCGCGUGCCCGUGGAUCCCUUGCACGCGGCUCUGCCUCGUUGAACUAUUGUUCACGAUCACAGCUGGAGACCGAAGCAUGAGCCGCUGCGGAGACAGACGAGCUCCGGGAGACGCUGCGGGUGACAGUCAGUGCGCAUGCGCCCUGCAGAGUCAUGUGGUUUUUCCAGUGCGCGUUCACGACCGUGCACCUGCUUGACUGACGCGGAUGAAGCAGCGUCAUCAGCAGACAUGACCAGCAACGAGCCCAAAGCAAAGAAGAGCGGCGGCGCUGAAGCUGCCGAGGAUGGAGACUGGAGCUGGCCACUGGUCGCCGCUCUGUUCGUCAGCACGAGCCUCGUGUUCGGCCUGAUGCGCAGCCUGGGCGUCUUCUUCGUGGAGUUCGUCCAGUACUUUGAGACGAGCGCUCAGGCCAUCUCCUGGAUCUCCUCCACAGGCCUGGCAGCGCAGCAGUUCUUCAGUCCUCUGGGUGCAGCUCUGUGUAACGCCUAUGAUACCCGGCUGGUGGUGAUGACGGGCGGCUUCCUCGCAGGACUCGGCUUCAUACUUGCCUCUCAAGCCACGUGCCUGUUUCAUCUGUACCUCACUAUGGGUCUCAUUUCAGGUUUUGGCUGGGGGCUGGUCUUCACUCCCAUGGUUGCCACCGUCGUGGCUAACAUCACGCGACGCCGCACCCUGGCGUUGGGACUGGGGUUCUCCAGCAUCGGCAUCGUCUCCUUCAUUUUCAACCCGCUCUUCCAGUUUCUGGUGGAGACGUACGCCUGGCGAGGGGCCUUGCUGAUUCUGGGGGGCCUCAGCCUCAACAUAGUGGCCUGCGGGGCCCUGAUCCGUCCAAAACGACGCUCCAAAGCUCCAGAGAAGGUGGAUUCGGAGAAAAAGUCAUCUUGUGCUUCGAUGCUUCGACGCCUCUCCUCCUACCUGGAGCUGUCGCUGCUCAUGGAGAGGCCUUACCUCACCUACACCUUGGCCGUCACUUUGCUUAACGUCGGCUACUUCGUUCCAUAUUUCCACUUGGUGGCUCACAGCCGCCAAGUCGGCUUCUCGGAGUACCAAUCUGCUUUUGUCAUGUCGGCGGCCGGAGCCUCAGACAUUCUGGGCCGCGUGGCGUCGGGCUGGUUCUCUGACCUGGGACACUUCCGGCUGCUCCACUUACUGACUCUGUGGACGGCGCUGGCCGGAGUGUUCAUCAUGCUGCUGCCCGUCAGCUCCUUGUCCGGUUCUUACGCCGCGCUGAUGGCGAUCAGCCUCCUCUACGGGUUCUGCUCCGGGUCUUUGACCUCGUUGGUUUUCGCGGUGGUGCCCAUGAUUGUGGGCGUGGAGCGCGUGAUGGGGGCCCUCGGGCUGCUGCAGCUCAUCGAAAGCGGAGCCGGGCUGCUGGGGACUCCUCUGUCAGGUUUCCUGAAGGAUGUCACAGGCACCUACACCGCCUCUUUCCUGGUCACGGGCGGUUUCGUCGUUCUCGGCACUUUGACCAUGAGCACUCUUCCUCACUUCUUCUCCCGCACAGAUCCGCCGGCUCCUCGCAGACGCUCACACGAUAAAAAAGAUAAGAGUUUACAUUUAGAGCUAGAACAGAUCAAUAGUUCACCUCCUGACACGAAGGAGGUCAAUGAUCUGUGAGGAUAAACCUCAAGACUGUGCAAGGAAAGGGUUCAAGGGUCAUGUUAACAGUUUUCAGAGCAUUCUGUACGACACUGGCGCACACAUUGCUGAACGGCUGUAUGUUUGUGUUAUACCUCAGAGAUUCAGACCCACAGUGGAGCUCAGUGUGAGAGGACAGCAGAUUGGGACCAAAGAGUUUCUCUCUGUCACACAUCCUAACCUCAGUUCAGACCACAACCUGUGAUCCAAAGGACAUAUCUCAUUGAUAACAUACAGAUCAUUGACUGUAUAAAAAGAUGUAGCAGCGCAUCUCCACUUCCUCCAGAAAUGAAGCUUAGAAUAUCCCUGGAUACGGGGAUACGCAGCAGUGAUCGUGGGAAUGCGUCUGUGGUCGCAAGGUCUCAUGGAUGCAUGUGCUCGACCAAUCAUGGGUCGGGGCCACACUAGCAGCGCUUGAUGGCUGUGUUUCAGGUUUCAGGUAUGACUACUGUGUUUGCUCGAACAAAAGUACUCAACUAAAUGGACCAUGGUAUGAAGCUGUGCAUUGAAACAAAUGAAGUGGAUUUGCAUGAAAGAUAGGAACUGUGAAUGAAAACACAAUCUGACUGUUAAUGAUUUUUACACUUGCCAUUGAGUUAGCACGUGAGAUGGAACUGUUUUAUGUUUUUUGGUGGUUCUCUGUGUUGGAAAAAGUUAUAUAGUUUAUGUUGCACUUACAUAGUUAAUUAUUAACCUUCACACGCCUCUUUUCAACGACCGUAUAUAUGUUAUUUUAACGGCGCACUCGUGACAUAAGCCCCAUUGUGUUUGAAGAGAAAUGUGGAGGAUUAUUUACUCCAUGGGUUAAAGCAGAACCAUUCGUCGGUUUCUCUUUACAAACUGUUGCAGCGGCACCGUUUGCCCUCUCAGCCUCAGGGACUUCUCUUUCCACCAGUGCAUUAAAGCGCUGGGCAGGAAAACAAGACUGUGAUUCCUCAAGUGCAAUUUUUAAUGAUACAUGAAUGUGUAUAAGCACUUUGAACCGUUGUAAACCUGUGUUAACCAGAGAGCUUGGCCUUUAGAGCAGCUGAAUGAACACGGCCGGGUCAUCGUGACCUGCUGGUUACUGACAUCAUGAUUUCAGAAUCCUCGCAGUGCAAAUAGAGUUUGAGCCACUGUGAGACCUCAUCCGACUGGCAGCUACUCAACAAUGAAGCUUCAGUAAUAACAUCGAAGUGAAUAUUUGUCCUGGAAGUGAUUCUAAGCUGUUAUUCUCUGACUCUGUGCAGUCACUCAUAUAUGUUAAAGUUCAAUCUUUAUUAAAAAAUAUGGUAUUUUUAUCAUU